AUUCAAAACCCUCCUGUCCACCUAUCCAUAGUUCUAUGUCUCCUCAUGUCCCAAAUCCCAUGCGCCCACCCCUACCUGCACAACUGCCCUCUACAGUCCCCAAACAGUGCUCUCCACCCUUUUCCAGACCCCCACCUCCCCUGGUCUCCAAACAGACCUCUUCAGUUUCCACCAAACCCUCUCUGCCCUCAGCUACAAAGGCCUUGGCAGCUCCACAUUCCUCUCCCACCUCUGCCAAGAGCUCCAGAUCUGCCCUCCCAUGUAUCAGCAUCCUGGAGAAGCUGAUCAAAACAUGCCCAGUGUGGCUACAGCUGGGAAUAACUCGGGAGAGAGCAACACGUAUACUCAAUAAGGAGAUGCCUGGGAUCUUUUUAGUAAGGAGAGACACAGGCCAGAAGACAAUGGUUCUGUCAGUGCGACUCCCUGACCAGCAGGGGGCAGCCCAGAUUCAGGAACUGCUUGUGAAAGAGGAAAGGUCUUUGAUCUACUUAGAAGGGUCUGUCCUUGUCUUCGACAACAUUUUCAAACUCAUCGCCUUCUACUGUGUGAGCCGGGACAUUCUUCCCUUCACAUUGAAGUUACCUCAGGUCAUCAUCCAAGCCAAUAAAUAUGAAGACAUGGAGGUGAUCUCCACACUUGGCUUAGAGUUCUGGGGCUCUGCACUAAACAUCCGUGCAGAAAGUAUCGCUGGCGGAAGCACGGGAGGACAGGAUGCUCAGGGACGCAGUUCCUGUGAGAUCCAGUUGACAGCUGGGAAUGAUAAGCUCUGGUAUAUCAACCCCAUUUUCAUUGAGGAGUACUACAACAGUCUGCCUCCAGCGGCACCCACACCCAUCAUCAGGAGCCAGAGCCUUAACACACCAAUUCAAGCGCCACCCAAAUAUAAAAGGCCUCCCCCUCUGCCUCCACGACCCUUGAGUGCCUAUGAGUCCCCUCAGCAGCAGGCGGGAACCAAACUGACGGGGGAGGAAAUUGCAUUAGUGCCCCCAUCAGGGCAGAAAGGGGAAGGAAGUCAGCAUGAGCGUGUGGGGAGAGAAAAAGACAAAGAGGGAAGUCCAGUGCACAGCACAGAGAAAGAAGUCACCAGCAGAGAUACAGCUCAGUCUACACAGAGCAAGACAGCAAAGCAGGGUUGCCACGUCCCACCACUCAGGAUUCCUCCCGUCCCCAUCCGACGCAGGCUCUCAGAGAAGCAACCCUCAGAGGAGUCAAACCAACAGCAGAAGGAAAAGGAGACGGAGAGGGAGAAGGAGAAGGAGGAGGAGGAGGCCCCAAGCAGUUCCAACAGUGCCUCUAUGCAGGCAAAGCCAGAAGAGGAGAAACUCAGCAGCUCUGUGCCCACAGCUUCACUAAUCUGUCUGGAUGAUAGCAGCAUGACAGAGAUGGACAAACCCACAGAGCUCCGGGCCGAGACAGAGGUUCUGCAAGAGGAUGGGCAUGAGGACCAGACUGGAGUAACUGACAGCAUUAUGGGUGAAGCUACACUUCCAGGAGCAUCAACAGCAGUAAAGAAGGCAGCACCUCCAAUUCCACCACCUCGGACAAAAAAGCUGUCCCAGACUUCCACAUCAGUUUCCCCAGAUGCCUGCGAUGGGCCAGGGGGACAAACUCCUGAAUUCAGCUCUCUCCCUCCCCAAACCUCCAGUACACCUGUGCCCACCAGACGCUCCCUAUCUGUGGAUCCUAAACUGACUGAUGUUUCGCUCUAUGCCCCAGAAGGUGGUGCUCCACAGCCGGACCACGACUCAUACUCAACCAGUAGCACAGAGGAGGAGGCAGAUACAGUGGCAGCAAACGCUGUAGUGAAGCGGUCGCCCACCAUUAUGUUGGACCGAGCCAAACAGCGUCUUUCCAUGGUGAACCUGUCCAAUGUGUUCACGACCUUCAUGAAUGCAGAGCGCAAACUACAGAAGCGUAUUGUGGAGCUGGCCCGUGAUAAUAACUCCUACUUUGGGAACCUGGUGCGGGAUUACCGAGCUUUCACUCUGGAUACCAUGCGACGACACACCUCCAGCACAGAGAUGCUGCAGGAGAUCAGACAGAUGAUGACGCAGCUCAAGAGCUACCUGAUCCAGAGUGCUGAACUACAGAAUAUACAGGAAGCUGCAGUUUACUCAGAAGAGAAGCUAGAGGUGAUCAUUGAGGCUGCACUGUGUAAGAGUGUCCUGAAGCCCUUGCGUGAGGCAGUUUACAACAGCCUAAGAGACAUUCACACCCGUGAAGCCUCUCUGAAAAAACUGAGAGAGAACCAGCAAGUGGUCCUAGGCACUACGACCACAGACCUGGGUAUAACCACCAGCGUGCCUGAGAUGACUGUCAUGGAGAAGAUCCAGGUGAAGCUGGGAAACCUGCACCAGGAGUAUUCACCACAGCGGAAGAUUGACCUGCUUCUGAAGGCCUGCAAAAUGAUCUAUGAGUCCAUGUCUGUGGGCAGUCCAGGAAAAGCCUAUGGAGCCGAUGACUUUCUCCCUGUGUUGAUGUAUGUGCUCGCUCGCAGUAACAUAACUGCUCUACUACUGGAUGUAGAGUACAUGAUGGAACUGAUGGACCCUGCACUGCAGCUGGGAGAGGGCUCAUACUAUCUCACUACCACUUAUGGGGCACUGGAGCACAUUAAGAACUAUGACAAGCAGGCAAUGACCCGACAGCUAAGUCGGGAGAUCCAAGACUCCAUCCAUCGUUGGGAGCGUCGACGUACCCUUAACAAAGCGCGCGCAUCCCGCUCCUCUGUGCAGGACUUUAUCAAUGUAUCCUUUUUGGAGGCUGGCUCUAACACCAAGACUCUUGGAGUACGUCCCAACACCAGCGCCCAGGACCUGGCUGCACAGUGUGCAGAGAAGUUUGAAGUGCUAGAACCUGAGUCUUACUGUCUGAGUGUGCUAGUGGAGGGCCACUACAGGGCCCUGGCUCCUGAAGAGUUUCCCCUUACCAUCAAAUCAAGUCUCCACCACAGCGAACCACGUAAGGAAUACUAUUUUGUGUACCGCCCAGGGAAAUGGGCAGGACAGGAAACUGACAACACCACAUCCAACACUACAUCUCCACCACCAGAUAGUUUGAUCUGA